AUGAAUGAUUCAUUCAUUCUAAUUGGUACUAUUUUAAUAUCAUAUAUUAUUUUUAAAAUCAACUUAUUUAAAUACUUGCCAUUAUUACCAAUUAUUUUAAUUUUUGGUUAUGUCGUUUUUAAAAGAGACCAAGGACUUCAAAGUGAUGUUGAAAUUUUUUUUAAAGAUUUUAAAAUAGUUGGACAUCGAGGAUCUAAUGAGAAUGCCCCUGAAAAUACUAUUGCUGCUUUUCUUGAAGCUUAUGAUGUUGGAGCUGAUGGUAUUGAAUUUGAUGUUACAUUAAGUAACGACAAAAUUCCUAUUGUUAUACAUGAUGAUACUUUAGAUAGAACUUGUAAUGCUACAGGUCUUGUUGAAAAUUUUAAUAUAACAUACUUAAGAAGUCUUGAUUGUGGAAUUGUAAAAAAAAAUUCUUCAAUUAGAAGUCAUAUACAUAGAAUACCUUUAUUAGAAGAAGUGGUAAAAUUUUCAAAAAAAAGAAGUAUGAAAAUGAUAUUUGAUAUUAAAGAUUAUUCUGAUGAUAUGAUCCAUCAUUUAUCAAAUAUAUUUGAAAGAGAAAAUAUAUAUCAAUUAGGAAUGGUAUCAUCAUUUUUUCCCCAAGUAAUUUAUAAAUUAAAAGGAAUAAAUCCCAGAAUAAUAACAGGUUAUACAUGGGGUGCUGGUGAUUUUUCAACAACAAAAUACUAUGGUAAUUUCACUUUUAUUGAUAGAACAUUAGAUUAUCUAAAUGUGAUUGGAGUACACUCAUUUCUUGGUAAAUUCCUCGGCGCAAAUAUUUUACUAACAAAGAUAGAUGAUAUUACACCAUAUUUUGUUAAGCAACAAAAUUUUCUUGGUCUUCGUAUUGGUGCCUGGACAGUAAAUACUCCAAAAACAAUUAGGUGGAUGAAAGAUAAUUUUAAUGUGACCGUGUUGUCUGAUUUUCCCUCAAUUUAUAAUAAAGAUGAUUAA